AUGCCUCACCAGUACAUGGUCAGCCUCAAGAAGGAGUCUCCCCCUGAGGAGCUUGAGAAGGCCAAGAAGACUGCCACCGACAACGGAGGCAAGAUCGUGAAGGAAUUUGCUCUGGUCAAGGGAUUCGUUGUCCAAUACGACGAUGAGCAAGUCUCCACCCUCCAGUCCUCCGACCACAUCCACGUCGAGAAAGACAGCGAAGUCUCGAUCCAGUAA